AUGUCGCUGGAGGCGUUCUUUACCAGCCUCUCCAUGACCAACGCGGUCCGCGAGGCGAAGAUCAAGGGCGUGACGGAAAUCUGUCCGGCCAACGCCUCCUUCCAGAUCAAGUUCAAUCCGGACGAGAUCCAUCCCGACGACAUGAUGGCCGAACUCAAGCGGCUCGAGGCAACCGCCGAGAGCGCCGAGGCCAAGCUCGACACGCGGAUCGUCGAAAUCCCGGUCUAUUAUCAGGACCCCUGGACGCACGAGACGCUGAUGCGUUUUCGCGAGCGCCAUCAGGACCCCAACGCGUCCGACAUCGAAUAUGCCGCGCGCAUCAAUGGCUAUGACAGCGUCGAGGACUUCAUCAAGGCGCAUUCGGGCGCGCCCUGGUUCGUCUCGAUGGUCGGCUUCGUCUCCGGCCUGCCGUUCCUCUACCAGAUGGUCGACCGGCAGCGGCAGAUCCAGGUGCCGAAAUACCUGCGGCCCCGCACCGACACGCCCAAACUGACGGUCGGCUAUGGCGGCUCGUUCUCCUGCAUCUACUCGGUGCGCGGCGCGGGCGGCUACCAGAUGUUCGGGAUCACGCCGAUGCCGAUCUUCGAUCCCCAGCAGCAGGUGUCGUACCUGAAGGACUUCAUGGUGUUCUUCAAGCCCGGCGACAUCGUCAAAUGGAAGCCGAUCAGCCGCGAGGAAUACGACGCCGACGUCGCGGCCGUCGAAGCCGGCACCUUCAUGCCGCGCAUGGCCGAGGUCACCUUCUCGCUCGACGAUUUCAACGCCGAUAUCGACGGCACCAACGCCAAGCUGAUGGAGGCCCUAAAUGCCGGUUAA